UUGGCUUCACUACAAAGUUACCAAACCGACAGUGCUCAACAUGACAACUUGGCCGCUAAAAGACAUGUUCAUUAGAACUUCUUUAUAGUUAAAAACUCGCUCAAUGAUUGAAUAAUCGUAUUUACAGGAGAGAUUGUGCGGACCAAGUUGGCAAUAUGAGCGAAUCCACAACUAUUAUGCUGCCAGAUGGCAGCGAGCUAGAUUUAUCCGAUCUAACUGAAGACGAACUACUUGAAUUAUACCAAAAUUACGAAGAUCACUUGGCCAACACGGCGACGAGUGUAGGCACCCUUGUCGGCGGUGGUUUUGCCUCGACUUUAGACUCAUGCUUUGGUCCAACGACAUGGCAAACGUCCCAAGUGGCUGGGAAAUUAUUUACCUUUUGUUUGAUACUUCGUGUUAUUACGCUAGUUAACAUACCGACAAGAUGGAAACAUUUUGCAUCGUGCCUAGCUGGAAUUGCUACAUUCGUAAUAUUUUUUUCCGAACAUUUUCAUAUGUUGUAUCAUUUAUUUAUAUUGUGUGGAGGGGGAUAUAUUCUCAUGUCGAUCGCGGUAAAAUACAAAGGUGGCUUUGUGAGUUUAUACUGUGUUGCAGUCUUGUUGAUAUGUGAAGUUUUUGUUGCUGCUUCUGAAGAUUGGAUUACUGUAAAAGGCACAUUCAUGAUUUUGAGCAUGAAGAUAAUCUCUGUUGCAUUUGACGUGGAGGAACGUGUAACUGAACUUCCAGACCUUGUAGAAUAUUGUGGCUAUGUUCUGUGCCCAUCAUCAAUUAUUUUUGGACCUUUUAUGAUGUUCAAAGACUAUUGUCAAAUCUUACAGCGUCGUCCAAUAACUUUGACGUGGUUUUUGUCAUUGAUAAGAUCCAUUUCGUUAGGAUACAUCUUUCUCAUUCUGUCGACUUGCAUAUGUCCGUGGAUUUUUCCUGAGGAGAGUAACAAAUGGUUGAUCGCAUACCAGACGGCGUUAUCGUUUCGAUGUAGUAAUUAUUUUGUUGGCUUUCUCUCUGAAUCUUCCUGUAUGCUGUGUGGCAUUGGCACGGUUGUGAAGGAUGACAAAGAUGAAAAAAUUGAAUGGAAAGUGCCAGUUUCUCGUCCACAGCACGUGGAGUUUCCCAGAUCAUUUGUAGAAAUAGCUAUACAUUGGAGUGUUCCCAAUCAUAUCUUUUUAAAGAACUAUGUUUUUAAGAGAGCACGAGGAUUAGGUCCGUUUAUAUCAAUGUUCAUUACCUUCGCUGCCAGUUCUAUUUUACAUGGUUUAAGUUUUCAAAUCGCGGCAGUUCUUUUAUCAAUAGCGACUUAUGCAUACGUUGAACACGCAUUCAGAAAAAAGCUUUCUCGUAAACUUAAUAUGUGUAUUGAAGCAAGAAAAUGUAAACCUAAUUGCACCCACCAGUUAAAGGAGCCUCAUUUUUGGGUUACGGCGAUCAAUCUUGCUUUUGGAUUCCUAAAUGUAUUUCACUUAGCUUAUCUCGGUGUCAUGUUUGAUGGCAACAAUUCUGGACGGGGUUACGGUGUUGAGCAUACCCUCAAAAAGUGGUCGGAGUUGAAUUACACAAGUCACUGGAUAGUUCUGGCGAUGUAUCUAGUUUCUAUCGUUCUAUAGCUCGAAGAUCUGAACGAAUCGUUUGUACAUCCGAAUAAAUGUUUAAUCUUCUCAAAUUAAUUGAUUGAAAUAUUUUGUGAUACACAUAAAAAAUUCU